UUGAACCUAUGUGGGAUGAGUGGCGGGGACGCUCGGCGACCGGAAGAGUGAGGCCAGUAGGUCGGGGUUGGGCGCCGCCAUGACAACCUGACACCGGAAAAGGCGGGUCUCUUCUCCCUGACUGAUCGGCGCCUGAAUUCGCCUGGAGAUGCAAGCAGCCCUGGAAGUCACUGCUCGAUACUGCAGCCGGGAGCUGGAUCAGUAUGGCCAAUGUGUGGCAGCCAAGCCAGAGUCGUGGCAUCGAGAUUGUCACCACCUUAAGAUGAGCAUUGCUCGCUGCACGUCCUCCCAUCCCAUCAUCCGCCAGAUCCGCCAGGCCUGUGCUGAGCCCUUUGAAGCCUUUGAGGAGUGUCUUCGCGUGAAUGAGGCAGCAGUUGGCAACUGUGCGGAACACAUGCGCCGCUUCCUGCAGUGUGCGGAGCAGGUGCAGCCACCAAGUUCACCCACAACUGGAGAGGUAAAGGGGGCUCACUCGAUCGUGGCUUUUUCCCUUCACAGUUCCCUUCGUUUUCUAGUUUAAAUACCUUCAAGAACCAGUCCCAGCCCCAUUCCCAUACAUGGCCUUGGCUAUGCAUCCAGAAUCCAAAAACCAUGGUUCUCUGUCCCCAAGUGGACAUGCCUUUGCUUGUCUCCACCUUUCACACUCCCCCUCUGCCAGGGCACCUGCCCCAGCCUUUCCCCGGCUUGCCUGACCCUCUCCUUUCCAUAUAAUGGCCUGAAUUCUAGUCAUGAUAAACCCUUGCUUAAAACUCUCUGGCGGCCUCCAAUUCACACUGGAACAAAGUCCCUGGUUCUUACUGGGUCCCCCAUGUUCUUCCUUUCCUUGGCCACUGUGUCCCCUUCACUGCUUUCCAGCCAGUAACU